AUGGCUGCUACGAAGCGUCCAGUAAGAAUUGCAAACAUUAGCGGUGCAACCGGCGAUGGGCCCGGAGCACUUUACCGCAUUGUGAGGGAGGGACCUGUGGACGUCGUAACUGGGGAUUACCUUGCCGAGGUCAAUGUAGCUUGGCUGGCGCUGGAGAAGCAGAACGAUCCAGCCAUGGGCUACGAUGGCAAUUUUCUGCGGCAACUCGACCGUGAGACUGCCCACAUCAUCGCCGAUAAGGGCAUCAAGGUCAUCCACGAUGGCGGUGCACUGAACCCCAAGGGACUCGCACAGAAAUGCCAGGAACUUCUCCAGUCGUAUGGAAUUACGAGUCUGAAAGUCGCGUGUGUCGAAGGUGACAAUGUCAUGGAUAUUCUGGAUACUCUUAAGAAGCCUGGCUAUGCGCCGCAUCUGGACGUGAAGGGACGCGACCUGUCUCAUAUCGACAAGCCGGUUCUCAGUGCCAACGCUUAUGUGGGCAUGUCUGGAAUUUUGGCUGCCCUGCACGCCGGUGCCGACAUCAUUAUAUCGGGGCGUUGCUGUGACGCAAGUCCAGUGAUGGGCGCUGCAGCAUGGUGGCACGGCUGGAAAGAAGACGAGUAUGACAAACUGGCUGGGGCCUUGAUCGCUGGUCACUGUACUGAAUGCGGCUGCUAUGCUACCGGUGGCAACUUUUCCGGGUUCAAGUCAAUCCCCAAAAACUGGAACCAAGGAUUUCCUAUCGCCGAGGUCUCGUCCGACGGUUCAUUCGAGGUUGCCCUACAAGAAGGGGCCCGCGGACUAGUUAGCAAAGACACCAUCACAGCUCAACUUGUCUACGAGAUCCAGGGGCCAUUCUAUCUCAACCCCGAUGUAGUCGCUGACAUCCGCAACGUUGAGGUCUUGGACAAGAGUAAGAAUAGGGUUUCGGUAUCAGGGCUGACUGGCCAGGCUCCUCCGCCAACUACCAAGCUGGCUAUCUGUACCACUGGCGGCUUUCAGAUUGAGUAUUACCUUUUCGCCGUCGGUUUAGAUGUGGAAGAGAAGUUGCAAGACUUUCGGAACUGCCUUGAAGAAGUCAUUCCCAAUCGGGCUGACUAUGCUGUCCUUCGCGCAGACAUCAAGGAGACCUUAGCUACACUACCUGUUGCGGUCGGAGGUUAUGGUCUUGGAGGAUACUGUGGGCAGCAUGCCUGCAUGGACUUUCGCAUGAUGGCCCCCCGUCCUUAUGUCGUCUACGAGCCGUUCCUCGUGCCUUAUGCUGAUACGAAGCUGCGAGUAACCGUGGGCGAGGACAGCCAGUAUGUCUCACCCCCACAGAAGACAAAGCCGUUCUCGGGUCAGAUCACCUACGAUGCGCAUCAGGAACUCGAUAUAUCCCGCUACGGCGACACCGCACGUGCACCGCUUGGUAUGAGAGUUCAUGCUCGAUCUGGCGACAAGGGAUCCAACGCCAAUGUAGGCUUCUGGGUGACAGAGGAUGAUGAGUAUGACUGGCUCCGAAGUUUCUUGUCCAUUCAGAGGGUAAAACAACUUCUGGGGUAUGAUUACAGUGAGAAGUGGGAAGUUGAGCGUUUUGACAUUUCCAAUAUUCGUUGUGUGCAUUUCCUCGUCAUGGGCGUCCUCGAGGGAGGUAUCAGCUGUUCCCCUCGCUUGGACGGGCUGGCCAAGAGCUUUGGAGAAUUCCUACAAUCCGUUGGCUUCAAUGGCACCUAUGGUGGCUUCUCUCAGUACUGCCUGGCAGAUCCACUGUCUACUGUCAAGGUCCCAGAGGAGCUAUCGGACGAGAUAGCUGCGCCAUUGUUUUGCGCAGGAGUGACGGCUUAUGGGGCGAUUAAAAAAGCGGCAAAACGGCAACUCCCAGGCUCUCUAGUCAAUAUUGUUGGCUCUGGUGGAGUUGGCCAUCUCGCGAUUAUUCAUUCAGGUGCUGAUGCUGUCUUCAACUCUCUUACCACGCCCAUGGAGACCAUCGAGCUGGCACAGUCGACUCUUGUUGUCAGCGGGUCUAUCAGGGCGUAUCAGUUCGGCAUGGGAAUCACUCAAGUUCGAGGCGCCAUCAUCGCUGUUGGUGCUCCCCAUGAGCUGUUCCCUUGCAAUGUCACCGAAAUGGUAUUGCGAGAGCUCAGUAUCAUCGCCACGAAUCAGGGAACGCGCCAGGAAUUAGCUGAGUCCUUGUCCAUGGCCGCGUCUCACAACAUUAAACCUCUUAUCCUUACCAGACACGUUGAUGAGAUCAACGAAGGCGUCAAGGACCUUAUAGGAGGAAAGGUAACUGGCAGAACUGUUUUUAACAUGUGGAAGUGA